UGUAGGUUUGAAAAAGAUGUCGGUGAGUCGAGGCAUCGGUAGCUCUGAGUUCUUAAACAAAAGGUUGAAGAAGAACGCGAGAUAUGAGCACGUCAAAAGCAAACUGGACACAGGAUGCAGCCUUUCCAAGUAUAACGAAAGACUGGAGGAGCUUAGAAAAAAUUACAGGUACAGAAAAGAUGAAAUCUUCAAGCGGCUGGACGUAACGACAUUUGCCCAGCUGAUACUCCAGGUGGCCUCGGUGUCGGGCCUGAGUGAGGGCGAGGGCGAGGGCGACAGCGGGUCGCAUGGCGGAGAAGACGGUGUGUCACUCGGGUCCAGUGCAGAGCUGGAGUGUGUGUCCGAGGUCGCCAACGGCUCCACGCACACGUCGCCAUCUUCGGACCGGGAGGACGGGGGAACGGCCAGGAGCAGCUCCACUGCCAGGUCCACGCUGCUCAGCGUCAUCACCGGAGUGAGCGAGCUCAGCCUGAACGCGGCGCCCCGGAGGCUGGAGGAGCCGGGCCCGGCCGAGCGGCCCUACCCCGACUGCCCCUACCUGCUGCUGGACGUGAGGGACCGCGAGCAGUACGACUGCUGCCACGUCAUCGGCGCGCACAGCUUCCCCAUCGCCAUGCUGUCCAGAACCGUCAACCCCUACUCCAAGGAAGUGCUGGAAUACAAAAACGCCAGCGGGAAGAUCAUCAUCCUGUACGACGAGGACGAGAGGAUCGCCAGCCAGGCGGCCACCGCCAUGUGCGAGCGGGGAUUCGAGAAUCUGUUCAUGCUGUGUGGAGGCCUUAAAGUCAUCGCCCAGAAGUUUCCCGGUGGGAUGACGACGGGCUCCAUUCCCGCCUCCUGUCGCUCCUCUUCCACGAGGACGAAGCGCCGCCCGGCGCCGCAGCAGCAGCCGCCGCCGCCGCCGCAGGCCGCAGACCAAAGGUGGAGGUUCACGGUGGACGAGCUGAGCAGGAUCCAGGAGCAGCUGGAGGAGAUCCUCCUCCCCAGAGGCUCCAGCAAGAUGUCGUGUCGAUCGGCGGGCUCCAGCCUGAGGAGUUCACGGAGCAGCGUGUCUGAAGGCUCACAGAGCAGGAGGCCCUGGAAAUGAGCCAGCAGGCCCCCACGUCACCUUUUACUCGCCGUGUCUUGGUUGUUGUCAUUAAAAUCUACGUUUGAUGAUUUGCACAGGGCCUCAUCCUUGAGCCUCGCCUGGACUCUCUUCUGCUGAGACCGUGUAGAAACGUUACGAAGUCUGAAUCUAUUUUUUAACGUUCUCAAAGGCGUGCUGUAUUUUUGUAAAAUCAAUCAUAGCUUCACAAAGGUCCAUCAAUGUUUCAGUCCUUGAAGUUUGAUGUGUGUGUGCGAGUGUGUGUGUGUGUGUGUGUCGAAUGUGACAGAAGUGGCAUUUGAUCGGACUCUGCCAGUAUUGCUGACUUGUGGCCUUUAGCGUUGGCGUGCUGGUGACUGGUUUUGGUGCAUGCUGUUUGGAUCUCGCCUCUCGUGAAGUGCUGGCUUCUUCCUGUUUUUAACUACAUGAACUCCACUUGUAAAAUGUUUUCAGCAUCUGUCUUAAUGAAGUUAUUACGUUUGUAAAUGAAUGUGAA